AGAGAGAACCAAAAAAAAGAAAAAUCUAAGAGAGAAAAAACCAAAAACCCAAAUCAACAGCUCACCAAACGAAAAUUCCUCUUUGGGGGGUUCUCCAAAUUAUCGAACACAUGACACACCUCGCCCUUUACCUUUUCGCGUUCUCUCCACUCUCCAUUCUAAAAGAGAACACACCACCCCCACUCUUGUAUCCCCAAUGUUGCUUUUGUAAUUGGCAGUACUUUGCGUACCCCAAAAACUCCCCCCAUACCUGAAGACCGGCGAAAUGCUUCAGAAGUUCGCCCUAGCGUUCAAGACCAAGACCAUCGAAUUCUUCGCCGAGGAGGAGGAGGAGGAAGACGACGAUGACGUGGCGUCGAUCAGGGCCGUCCAGGACCUCCUCGACCCCACCCCGGAGGCGAUCAUCACCGACCAGCGCGUCGUCGUCCUCAAGCCCGACCCUAACCCUAACCCUAACCCUAGCGCUAGCGCGCCAGACGCCGGAACCCUAAUAUCAGCCGUGUUCGCCACGCUCUCCUCCUUCCACGCAGCCUACCUCCGGCUCCAAACCGCCCACUCCCCGCUCCUCCCCGACGACCUCCGCUCCGCCGACGCCGACGCGGUCUCCCACCUCCGCCGCCUCUCCGACCUCAGGCGCCUCCGCCUCCUCUCCCCGAACCCUAACCCUAACCCUAAUUCCGCCCCCGAUCCCACUCUCUCCGCGCACCUCGAGGCCCAGGUGCGGGAGAACCAGAGCCUGCUCCGGACCUUCGACGCCGUCAUCAACCGCCUCCAAGCCGAUAUCGAUCGCAAGGACGGAGAAGCCGCCGAGCUGCGGCGGCGCCUCCACGACGCCGACGCCGCCAACGCCAAGCUCGCGGCGCGGCUCGACAGGGCCUGCGCGCCGCCGCCGGAGGAGAACGUCGAGGCGCUCCUCUCCGUCGGGGUCUUCGAUUCCGUGCUCAGAGAUGCUUGCCGCAUCACGCACCGGUUCGCGAAAGUCCUGGUCGAUUUGAUGAAGGCGAACGGAAUGGAUUUGAGCCUCGCCGCCGAUUCCAUCCACAGUGGUGUGAAUUAUGCCAAGCCGAGGCACUGCCGGUAUGCCAUUUUGUCGUGCGUAUGUUUAGGGAUGUUUGGGGGAUUCGAUUCUUACAAUUUCGGCUGCGAAGAGAGCGGAAUUGGGUUCGAUGAUAUUGACGCGAAGCAUCGGAGAAUCGAUUCGCUGAGGCAAUUCAUUGAGCACUCAUCCGCCGAUCCAUUUGAGCUGAUUAGCGACGACCCAAGCAAUGACUUCUCAAAAUUCUGCAAGAGAAAGUAUCAGCAGCUCAUCCAUCCGGGUAUGGAGUCUGCUCUUUUCGGCACUUCGGAAUGCCGCGAGUCUUUAUGGGGUGCGUUGAGGCCGUCGAACCCUCUCUACGAAUCGUUUGUAAUCAUGGCGAGCUCGAUAUGGACGCUUCAUAGAUUGGCCUGGGCGUAUGAUCCGGUGGUGGAAAUAUUUCAGGUGGGCCGGGGGACGGAAUUCUCGAUGGUCUACAUGGAGAAUAUUGUUCGAAAGGCCAUUCCAGCGAACUCAAAGGUUGGAUUCACGGUGGUUCCGGGGUUUCGGGUCGGAGGGACGGUGAUUCAGUGCAAGGUGUAUCUAGAGAGUGUGAAGAAGGAAGUAUAGUCUCAUAUAUUCUAAAAAAUUGUACAUGGAAAGAUUAGAGUCACCGCGCCCUUCUGGUGUAGAAGAUAGCAUGGAAGGCUUCGGGGAUUCUAUCAAUAACUGCGAGGAUUACAGGGUUGUUAAUUGUCUUUGUUUGGAUUACAGUUUUCAUCAUAUAAAACUGCAGUCAGGAUUGUAUGGUAUAUUAUUGAUGGUAUAUUAUUGAUAAUUGUGUAGUCUAAUAAAUAGUUCCCAAUAUUUUGUUUGGCACUUUGGCUUUGAGGCUUCAUUUUGUUUUGAGUGCAUAUUUGAUUCUCUGUUCUUCACCAA